ACCAGUUCAGCAGUGCAGCUAUAAAGAACAGACCAAAGAAUCGCAGCUAAUCGCGGGACACGCGUUCGGUAAUCUCCGCCGUCGCGGCCGGUUGGUCCGCCGCCUCCGCCGGUUGUUUGCCGGUCGUCUCGAGAGCUGCUAGAGUGGGGAUGGGGGAUACUGCGGGCACUACGUUGGGCGUACGCGAGUACGUCCACGAGAGAUGCCGUCGUCCUGCCGCAUGGGAUUUUGCGCGUCAACCAUAAGUAGCGCGUACUCGACAAGGCAUUCGCACUCGCUCCUGCAACCGUGUUCGCGCUCGCGUCUUCAUCGUUGUUGCUCGUGUGUGUUCAAGUUAAAUCCUCAACGACAACAACAGCGGCAGUCUUACCGCGAUCGCGAGUGCGGAUCGGUACCGCGACUGGAGUCCGCGCUUGCCGUGCACGCGGAUUCGGGUUAACCUCGCGACGGCCCGGGCACGAGCCCGUACGUACCAGCCGCUAUGACAAAAGGUGGCAUCACUGGAGACGUGUUGGAAGCACGGACGAUGUAGCGCUCGUUGAUAUGACGCCAUUUUACUAACCUUUUUGUCGCGCGCAGCGACAAGCCACUCGGAGGCGCCGAAACGCUCCGCGCUACGUGUCGCACUCCACGCAGCCGAUUGCACCGUCGCUCGAGCGACACCCGACGUUGCUCUGUGUUCUGUGGAAAGUAAAUCGCUGUAGCAGUUCGCACUAUUAUGGAAGAUGAGGAUGGAGAAAAUAAACAUGUAGACAUGUGGAACAUCUUGGAAGACCAGCAACUCAAGGAUACCACAUUGAGCAAUUCGUUGAAACAUUCCAUUGAUAACGUAUACACGGACGAGCUUGAAGAGGAGAAACACUUGAUACGCUACAACUCAAUCUUGGCAAAAGAUACACCAGGUAAAAAUACCGUUACGACAGGGCCGAAGCUCACAUUCAAGGGUUACAAGAAACGUCUCUUAGCCCAAGCACGCGAGGUCCAUCCCGCCGGAGUGCCAAGGAACAGUGCACAGCUGGAACUGCAACAAUUGACGCAUCCCAAUGCGAAGGGUGGCAAGGAUAAGAAGGCAGAGGGGAAGCGGGAGCGUAAGAUAACAGAGUAUGCCCAGUAUCUGGGUCUUCAACCGUCAGCACGAUAUAAAUGCUCCAAGUGUCACACGUGGUUGAACGGCCCGAACUCAAAAACCUCGUGCGCUUGUAACUCCAACAUGACGCCAAUGCCUAGCACCUCCGAGUCGAGUACUUCGGUGCCGCACGCCAGCAACUUCAAGAUCACGAGGAAGGUUUACCUGUGCUCGGCGUGUGGCACGUACUUCGAGAACUGGAAUCUAUUUUUACACAUGAGGGACAUACACAAGCGUCACAUAUGCCUCUUCUGCCUGGGCAUGUUCGGCCAGGCAGAGAGGCUGUCGUACCACCUGCUGAAGAACCACAACGUACCAGAGAUGACGUUUACCUCGAUAGAGAAUUUUUACAGUGUUUUCAAGGGCUCGUGCUACUUGGUCUGCUGCAACUGCGAGAAGGUCUUCUCUGAAACUGACAAUUUUUACAAUCAUUACUGCGUACCGGCAUUAAAGGAGGACGCGACUGACACGGCUGCGUCGACGUGUACUUUAUGCAGGCAGACCGGCACGCACGCGAGUACCUGUAAUUUCGCGCUAUUGACAGAUACAGAUAAGGAAUCGUAUGGCGCCACGGUGCCGCUUGCGGUUGCCGAUGCGACGCGCGUAGACGAUGCGUCACCGGCGGCUGUUCCUCCAACGGAGAAAACUACGAAUUUCGGCGGUAAGGGAUUACCGAGAAAAACAAUCAAGCACAACAGGACUAGACACGGAGCGGAUGGUGUACAGAAUCCUCGCCAACAAAAAUCGAGCACGUUUACGAGGAAAUUUGCUACGAAAGCUCGAUGUGGUGAGACUCAACCGACUCAACCGGAGUGCGAUACCGAUGCCCAAAGAGAAAUUGCGAAUAACUUGCCUAGAGAUACAGUCACCGAGACGAUAAUGGAAGUGUCCAGGUACACGGGCGGUGACACGUCCGAUGAGAACGAUGAGAACGACGAACAGGCGUUGAAUAAAGAUGUGCACAGUCGCGACAGGGGAUCGGAGGACAAAUCACCGGCACAAACUCAUCAGCUCGAUCGCAACGAGCCUUACGACAGCGUGACCGAGACUAUCAUGGAAGUAUCGCGCUAUACAGGAGAAGAGGACAAGAAUGAGAGGGAAGAUUCGAUGAGUACCCCGUCGGACAUACGUGCGUUGCCGCAUGUAACCGAGAAGAUGGAUACCCAGGAGGUACACGAUAAGAGCGACAUUUGUGCGACGCGCGCAACCAGUUCGAGAGCACCUAGUCCAGUACAGUGGGAAGCUAAUGAGAGCGCAACGACGGAUACGAGAGCAAAUGCCACCUGCGAAUCAGGAAUGGAAUUUGAAUCACAAUCGUACAGUCCGCAGGAUGUGCAAAGUCCCGGUUCCGGUGUCAGCCGAUCGCUCUUCAGUCCGCAACACGAGCUGCACUCGUCUAAUGAACCGCAGUCUAAUGAGAAAGAAUGUGUCAUUCAGGAGGAUGAUAAGGAGGAAAGAAAGCCUGCCGUGACAAACGCUGCUGAAUCUCAAGCCUCGGUCUCGUUCAACGCUGUCGCCCCUUCCGAUAGAAGUUCUGAUAGAAGUUCCGAUAGAAGUUUAGUCAUCAAGAUCUGCAAUAGAAACUCGCAGUUCAGCGUCGCGACCACGAUCGUGAACAGGGACUCCGAGGAGAACAAUAACGCGGAUCGGUCGACGUCGAAGGAAAAAAUAUCAAACGGUUCGGGAGGGGAGAUGGACAUUGUCGAGGACGAUCAGGCGAACGAACUGGACGAUAGCGACUCCGACAGCGACAAACUGGCGGUGGUGGAUAGUAAUCCGGAGGGAGAUGAGGAGGCCGAGGACGGCGAAGAAGUCGAGGAAGCUGAAGAAACCGAAAACAGGAGUGAUUAUGCAGGCCAUGAGGUUCAAGAGGAGAAUAACGGGAUUGAAAUCGGGACGGAAACCGAUGGGAUAUUUACUAUUGGAAGCACGAUGCCGGAUGGCGACGCGGCCGAGAAACUCGAUAACAACGGGACGCAAGAAACGACAGGGAACGUUGCGAAUGAUCAGACGAAGAAUCAUACAGUCGGUGACGACGGUAUCACGUUGGCCGAUAAGAGCCAACCGUGCAUGGAUCUGAAUGUCGAGGGUACUCUAGAUAGCAUGGAACUAGAGGAUCUAUUGAAACGCUGUAUAGACGUAACCAGUCCCAGCUGCGUGUAUUGCAAUCACGCGCGCUACAUCGCCGUCAACGGCAAGCAAUUGGGUCUACACAUGUUGGCGGAACAUCGCUUCCAGCCGCAGCAUCCCGCGAUAAUCAUACAUACGGACCAGUUCAUAACGCGAGUGAAGCGUUCCCUGGACGAUCUCGAAUCGCAUUACUUUAAUUUGAAUACAUACAACAGUACGCGUAGCACGUAUAAUGUACCGGAUGUGCUCAUAUACGAGUGCUUUCACUGUAGAUUUUAUUCUGCCGUACACAAAGAACUGUAUCUGCACAAUCGGAAGAUGCAUCAAAAGACCAUAGUAAUUUGCGUGAUGUGUAAAUCGAAUUUCUAUAGUUACAGCGAACUGCUGUGUCAUCUGUGUCCAGGUAUUUAUUCCGAGACUGGAGCGUUGCGUUAUAGAUGCUGUCUUUGCUCGGUAAACAGUCUGCCAUCGUCGUUUCGACUGAUGGUACAUCUGCGCAAACGCCACCAUGCUUGCGACGUCUGUCUCGAGUCCACUGGCAAUCAGCAACGUCUAUCGAACCACGUGUGGAAGCACAAGCUUCAUCAUCUGUGUUAUAGAUGCGGCAUCGCGUACCGCAACAAACCCGACAUCACGAAGCAUCUGUUUUGGAAGCACGGCACGGAGAGUGUGCUGUGUCGGAAGUGCUUGCAGAAAAAGUGGCCGCACAUCUAUCACUUUUGCAUACCGCCCACGGCGUUCGUCUGUGAAGAAUGCAGCUGCAGUUUUGGUCGCGCGGUCGCGCUCAAGGUCCAUAAAAGGUUACAUUCCGGCGACCUGCCACAUGGUUGCGACGAAUGCACGGAACGCUUCAUAUCGCGAAAACUUCUAGCCAAGCAUCGGGCGAGACACAGAGAACCCGAGACGGAGGACGAGCAUAUAAACGUGACGGACGUGAUCGACUCUCCAUUGACUGGAGAGAGGGAGGAGAAAUUGGAUAAGGAGAAAAUGCAGAGAACAACAUUGACCGAUGGGAGUGCAGCGGCGGGAACCGCGAUCGAAGCCACGUCAAAAGACGCCAAAGAGACUGUGAAAAAAGUAGUCGAUGUUUACGACCUGCCACCGCUCAAUCUAUCGUCUGAGAGCGACACGGAUAGCGAGGAAGAGAAGCCUUCCUUGGAAAAACCAACAGAAAAGGACAAAGUUGGCGAGGAUGCUACUGAAAAAAAUGAGACCGGUGAAGGAGCUGUUGCAGUCGAUGACGACGAUGAUGCUGCUGCAAUGACCACUGAUAUAGUCGAGGUGGAACGGAACGAGGAAGAGAAGAAACAGGAGGCGCGCAUUAUGGAUGGUAUAUGGGACAACUUUAAAACGUACGCCGCCAGUUUGGACGUGGAAGAAUCCGCCAAGAAUGUCGCAUUGAAGGAAAGCGUGCCCGAGACUGACGCCGCGUACUUGAGGAGUAUCGUGUUGGCCGACCAUGAUUAUUGGGUGAUAUACUCUGACAAGGAGAAGAGCGAGGAUCAGGCGACUUCCAACGACGCGAAGAAAGAACAGGAGAACAGUAUCGAAAAGUCCGGGAGAAGUCCGUCGCCCGGUAGUCCGGGCCGCAACACAGGAUGCGACAGUGACGCGAACAAGCGGAAGACAAAGUCUCCUAAAAAGAAGAAACGCAGCGGCAGCGCAUCGUCGACGAGUGACUCGUCGAGCGACACUGAUUCGAGCAGUUGCUCGUGUGGCACCAACUGCAGCUGUAGUAGCUCCUCGUCCGACAGCUCAUCCAGUUCCAGCAGCAGUUCCGACUCGGACAGCUCCACAUCCGAGAGCUCACCCAGGAAGACCACCAGCCGAAAGGAACGAAACAAGAAGGAGAGAGAAACCGCGCGGGAGAACAAGUCGCAAUCCGUUGAGCCAGUUGAAAGCAAGGAGAUUAUGGUGGAAAACGGCCCCGUGGUUCCCGAGGUGACGAGUGAACCUCCGAUGCCUCCCGCGAAACUGUUACUGCGGGAAUCUGACUUGGAGACUGAGGAGACCGAGACGGAUGAAGACUUUUAUGAUGAAUAUCCGCAGCUACUUGCUAAUAAAGUGAUGGAAGAGAAGCGUAAUUUGCUGUUGUUGGCUGCUGUGGCACCGGCAUCGACGCCGGCGAUGGAACCACCGACGCCACCGGUGCCACCAGCGCUGCCGUUAAAUAAUGGCGUUCUAGACGCAGAAACAACGUUGUCCGAACCGAUUGCUGCGGUGACUGUAGAAAAUCAGCAAACGCAGCAGCAAAAGAGAAAAACGAAGGCGAAGAAACGACGAAGGGCUGAGAGAGGUAGCGGCAAGCGUAACGUAAUCGCUACAACAUCUACCCCUGAGUCGAUCAAGCUAAACAUUCCUAAGGCGUUUUAUCAGAAGAAUCCGGGAUUCGCCGCAUCGUCGCCGGUGACGUUGCAGCCUCCUGGCAGCAGAUCCUCGACGCCAAGUUUGCUGCCGGCAGCGAUGCACAAUGAUCAUCAUCAUCAUCAUCAUCAUCACGGUACGAACGCUGGCGUGCCAGAGAUGGUACAGCAGCAAGCAUCGUCGAUUACCGGCGUGCUAAAUCAGAACAGCAGCUCGGAAACUGAGAAUAAGAGAGUCUCGAAGAGGAAACGUGUACCGAAACGCUUCUACGGCGAUUCGAGCGAUGACGAGCCGCAGGAGAAGCAAGUAUUCACCGGAAGGUGGCGGAAAACUGAAACAGUUGCUGCGAGCGUGACACCAGUGGUUUCCGCGCUGCCACCAUCGCCGCUGCUCACGACGAUGCCAUCACCGCUGGUGAAUCCCAAAUCUGCGCCGUCGAAACCGUCCUUCGGCGGUAAAACCACUACACCGGCAUACACUCGAUCCGUUCAGGUAACGGAGCAGCCGACCGGUCAGAAACCAACACCGGCAACGACCGAUACGUUGCCGAUCACCGCUACACCGGCGUCUGCCACCGAGUCGGAGGAUGCCGUUGAGAGUAGCAGUGAUAAUAGCGAGUCCGAGGUGGAAGAUACCGCGAACCAGUCAAAGAUGGGCUACAACAACCUGACGCCGAUGACGACGAUGACAACCACCGCGACCGCUUCCGUUCCCGUUCCCGUUGACGCACCAUCAGCCACGAAUCGACCUGCGAAGAUCUAUUGCUACUGUCAAUGCCCGUACGACGAGGUUUCAGAGAUGAUAGCCUGCGACGGCGAAGACUGCCGCAUCGAAUGGUUCCACUUUGAGUGUGUCGGUAUAAUGGUGCCACCCAAGGGCAAAUGGUAUUGUCCGGAUUGUCGGAAGAAGCACGGUAUCGUGCAGAACGACGAGUAUUGCGAAUGAUAGUUGCCGCGCGCGGCGACGACGUACUGUUACCAAACUCGAGGCGAUCGAGUCGUUGCUCUUAGACACCUAACGCUUAGAAUUUUCCUUCUUUCUUUUUUCAUGAAUGAACGAAUGGAAGAAAAGAAAAAAAAAAGAAUCCGCUAUACUGUUCCAUGUUGAUAUUUUUCUUAAGCCGACAUGCAAAGUGUUUGUACAUAAUUCUGUAAAUACGUCUUAGAGUUUGUAAGAAUGAAAUGAGGUUUUUUGUGUACAUUUCUUUGUACUUCUUUUAACGACAGCGCCAUGUAUAAAUAUGUAGCGUAGAUAGAUUAAAUAGGUACAUAUUUAGGUAAUUAGGUAGAUAGGUAGGUAGACAACGGUGCGACACCGUGUGAGCCUAGCUUUUCGCGAGGGCAGGGCUGUGUUUUAUGAAUUGGAAUCUUUGUCAUUGUGCGCCUAAUUACGAUCGCAGCUAGCGGCACUGCUGACGGUAUCUGUGCCCCCGUUCUCGUUGCAAUCGGCGCUCGAAUUCCUCUCGCAUGUUUCUCUAUUGAAGCGGCGAGAACAUGACUAAACUUUAACUGAUGAAUUUAACGUUUCUCGAGUUGCUAGUAUGGAAUUAAUGAUUGUUUUCUUUUAUUGAUAUUGGACCAAUCAAAGUUUUUUUAAAUUCUUGAUCUUCACUAAGUUUGCACUUACUGAUUGUUAUCUUGGAUAAUGGCGAUGUUUAUAUGUGCUUCGCCUCUUAGCGCUUCCUUCCUAGGGCGAUGUACCUCUCAAGGGGCGAAUCUUUCCUUGCUUCUAGUCUAUCGUAAAGUACUUGUUGAAAAACUUAAGGCUAUUCUUAAAAAUUAAAGUAUUGACGAAAAAUAAAACUCUAUUCUUUCAGCAGCUGAGACAGUCCUUCCGUCGACAGUCCUGUACCACACUGAAAAGAAUUAACGAUAAUAGCCUGUGAUCAUAUUAAUUUUGCCAUAAUAUUGUCGUGAUCAUUAGGUUUGCGAGUUAAUCAGCGAACAGGCGAGCGCCAUUCUUCGGUCACAAAUAGAAGAGUAAUAAAUUAACGAUACAUGCGGCGUAUGAAAGUAUUGUAACAUAUGGAAACCGCAAAUAUGAAAUAUUCAUUGAUCAGUAUUACAGGGGACGAGGACGGAAAAACGAAUCCACCGCGCUCGUUUUACAUUACUUCCUCGAGUUUCUUGUGCCGUAUUUACUUCGUAUCUUUUCAGUUGCGAAUCAAAGGAAUGAACGAUGGACAGACAGGUCGGCGGCGAUUUCGCCAGUGUUCUUUUUUUUCCUAAGCUCUUAACUACUAAACUUAAUUUAAAUCUUAAUUUAAAAGGAAAAAAAACAGUUGCAAGUUUUGCUUUGUCUGUCGCUUGCGUUUAAUGGGACUCGUUUACAGUGGUACAUAACUAUGAAACGCCUCUUAGAGUACAGCGAUAUAUCGGGAUUAAUCGUCAAGCUGAUUUCUUCAAUUAUCAGCCCUAGUUUCCCCCCGGCAAUUCAACGCCCAUGAUGUCCAUGGCAAAAUCUUUGUAAGAUAUUCUCUGUAUCAUAAUAGUAGAGAUAUAUAAAUAACAAUACAUUACUCCCGGGAAGCCUAA